GUUUCAUAACCUGAGACGCAAAGCUGCAUUUAAUGUCAUGUCUUUAAUCAAUGGAUACCUGACUAUGCUAUCGCCGAUAACUAAUUGAUUGAAUAUUGUCGUUUUAACAGCAAAACGAAAUACACAACUGUCAACAGAAUUAUGACAAUUCAUAAUUUAUACAUAUUUUCCAAAAAUGGAACGUUACUGUAUUAUGCAGAAUGGAAUAGGUUGAAUAAAUCUGGAAUCACAAAAGGAGAGGAAGCGAAAUUAAUGUAUGGGAUGUUAUUUUCUAUAAAAUCAUUUGUAAGUAAAAUAUCGCCAUUGGAUCCAAAAGAAGGAUUUUUAUAUUAUAAAACUAGUAAAUAUACAUUGCAUUAUUUGGAAACUCCGUCUGGAUUAAAAUUUGUGUUAAACACUGAUAAUGUUACACAAAAUGCUAGAGAAUUAUUACAACAACUAUAUAGAGAGGUCUAUUUAGAAUAUGUUGUGAAAAAUCCUCUAUGUCAAUUAAAUGAACCUAUUCAAAGUGAACUGUUUAAACUAAAAGUUGAUGAAUUAUUUAAAAAAUCUCCUUUAUUCUUAAGUAGAUCGAUAUAGAAUUUUUUAUAUUAUAUUAAUAAGUAUAAUAUACUUGAAUAUAAAAAUG